AUGGAGAAUCAACUGUGUCACAAGAAAUUACGUACCAAUUUAAUCAUUGGAAUAGGACACCCUCUAUUAGAUAUAACAGCAACGGUUCAGAAUGAUUUCUUGAAAAAAUACGAUUUAAAAGAAAACGACGCAAUUUUGAUUACAGAAAAACAAAAAGAUAUGCUCGAAGAACUGAUGAAGUUUGAGGUUAAGUAUACUGUAGGUGGUAGCAUUCAAAAUACGUUAAGAGUAGUGCAAUGGUUGACUAAAGUGCACCACUUAACAACAUUUUUUGGAUCAAUUGGUAAUGAUAAAUUCGCAGAUAUCAUGUACAGUCAAGCAACAUUAGAUGGAGUAAAUGUACGAUACAAACGUAUUAAUGAACCGACUGGUACUUGUAUGGUGCUUAUAACGGGAAAUAAUCGAUCACUUUGUACAAAUCCUGGAAGUUCGAAAAAUUUCGAUUUUGAAUACCUUGUGAACGAAGAAAAUAUAACGUUACUACAAACAGCUAAAUAUUAUUAUUUGGGUGGGUUCUUUUUGAAUGUAUGUUUAAAAACCGUAACAGAAGUCGCAAAAUUAGCUGCAAAAAAUAAUCGACAGUUUUUAUUUAACUUGAGCGCACCUUUUAUUUGUCAUCUACACAAAGAAGUACUAUUCGAAAUAGUUCCUUAUAUCGACGUACUUUUCGGCAACAGAUCAGAAAUUGAAGCACUAGCUGAGAGUUUCAAAAUAGAUAAGAAAAGUUUACAAGACAAAAUUAGAGUUUUAAUAAAUUGGAAAAAAGUUAAUAAAGUUAGAACAAGAUUAGUUGUUAUUACGCAAGGAGAAAAUCACGUUUUAGUUGGAAUAGAAAAUAAAAUUUUAACAUUUUCUGUACCGAAAUUAGAGAAAAACAAAAUUGUGGAUACAAAUUGUGCGGGAGACGCUUUCGUUGGAGGAUUUCUAUCUCAAUACAUUCAAGAUCACGAUGUAGAAGCUUGUGUGAAAUGUGGAAUUUGGGCUGCUUCUGAAAUCAUUCAAAAAGAUGGAUGUACUUAUAACAACGAAACUGAUUACAAAUCUAGUUGAUUCCAAUAUAAAAUAGUUGUUGCUGGACGAAGAGAUGCAAAAUCAAUUAAAUAAAACUAAAUCAGUUCAUGUUAACUUAUAAUAGGUCAUAUUCCAGUCAGAAUGAAUAAUACCCAAAAAGAGCACAAUAAAUAGGUAUUAUCUUAAAUGCCAAACUUCAAUGAAAAGUGCAUGUUAAAAAGAAAAUAGAAGAACUUUGACUGAAAUAUGGAAACAUGUACUGGCUAAUUAGAAGAAGCUCCACUCUGUUUCUACCUAAGUUUAUGCUUUAUAAGCAGAUACUUGAGCCUGUAUGAACUUAUGGUAUCCAACUAUGGGGAUGUACCAAACCAAAUAACUCAGCAAUCACCCAAAUAUUCCAAAAGUAUUGAGGAACAUAGUAGAUGUAUCUCCAGAGGCACAUGGAAAUGAUACUGUUGACCAAGCCAUCGAGAAAUUAGCCAAGAGUCAUAAAGAAAGUCUUCAUCAUCAUAUCAAUGUCGAGGCUAUUCAGCUUCUUGACAAUACUGAGUUAGAAAUAAGACUUAAGAGCAUCAAACCCUUAGAGUUAGUUUGGUAUUUUUAGUGCAAAAGCAGAGUUUGUGUGUUCACGUUAACGUUUAGUGCAAUCAAUCCUACAGAACCUAAGGACCGCUGAUGAGUAUACCAUAGUUUCAAACUCUAUUAGAUUAAGUUAAAAUUGAACUGCUCAUUGGUCACUGUUGACCAGAUUGCUAUAUAGUGAAUGCCUUUAUUAUUGUUUAAUUGAAGAAACAGUUCCUUAGUUUAUCAAUUACUUUUCGCCUUUAAACAAGUUCAAGAAAAUUUUGUCUGCUCUUCUCUUUUUUCACAGUUUUACAUGUUUCUCUAUUUGUUAAACAAUUUAAUAUCAAAAUAUAUAAUUCUUUCAUCUAAAAACUACCCCUUGUCGAGAGGAACAAGUAAAUUUCGUUUCUCGUGCGUAUCCAAAAUGUUUUGUUUACAUUUCAGUUUUUAAAAGUUGUCUAUUGAAAAAUAUGGGAAAGCAGACUUCUAUACGUUUAUUAUUUUAUUUUUGAUGAUAAAUUUCGAUGGUAAAAUGGAAUAAACGAGUGAAAAAAAAUUGGAAAGUUUAUAAUUCAAAUAUUUUAUUUAAACUCGGGCUAUUUAAAGUUGUCGAUUUCCUUUUAGAAUUGGUUGAUUGGAACUUUGGACACGGUACACAUCAUCAGCACACAUUCAUCAAUAGACAAAACGAUUAAGAAAACACACACCAUAUUAUCAAUUAUUCACAAAAACCGAUUUUUUAACCACUAUGUAUUAAGAACUUUUGAGUUAAUUGAAUCUCACUGUUUCUUCAACUUCUUCCCAAGAAGUACUAAGUUUUCAUAAACAAACAUGUAAAUAGUGAUGUAUAAAAUAGUUACUUCAAUAUUCUGUAAUAAAAUACGAUAUAGCUUC